AAAGUGAAAAGGCAAGGUGUGAAGCAAAAGAGGCUUCCCGAGGGUUGGCGCGAAAAAGAAGGGGAAUAUACCGGUCGAAUAUUUGAGUUGGUUGAAUUGCCUCUCCACUAUAAAUUACUAACAAAUCUGCCAGUUUUAUUUCGCAUAAUUAUUCUCUUCCUUUCUGUAACAUUACUCUCUCUGUUCCUCCAUUAAACGACCGAAUUUACAGAGUUUCCCUGAACCUUCAUGUUACUGUGUUCGUGUUGUAAAUUUCUCUCUGUGGGUGUGGUGUGGGGUAGAGUGUGUUGUUCUAGUGGUUAUGUCUAGAAAGAGAGACAAAGAGUGUUUAUUCCAAAGAAAAGACAGAGUUAUCCUUUUAGGGGUUUCACUUUUUUGCUUUUUCCCAUUCUCAUGGAAAUUUUGCCCUUCUAGAAUAAGAAUGCAACUUUUUUGACAAAUAUCUUAUCAUUUUUAGUGUACAAAAAUUGGAAAAGAGAGCAGAGAAAUAACUCUGGUGGAUUGCAACCCUAGCUAAUCAUGGCCGGGGAACAAUUAGGGGUGCUUAAUGCACUUGAUGUAGCCAAAACACAAUGGUAUCAUUUCACUGCUAUCAUUAUUGCUGGAAUGGGCUUCUUCACCGAUGCAUAUGAUCUAUUUUGCAUAUCCCUUGUGACUAAAUUGCUCGGCCGCAUAUACUACCAUGUGGAUGGUGCAGAAAAGCCUGGAACAUUGCCUCCUAAUGUAUCAGCUGCUGUUAAUGGUGUAGCAUUCUGUGGAACUCUUGCAGGACAACUGUUCUUUGGGUGGCUUGGUGACAAGAUGGGCAGGAAGAAAGUUUAUGGCAUGACUCUUAUGCUUAUGGUUAUUUGCUCAGUUGCCUCAGGUCUUUCCUUUGGCCAUAGUGCAAACGGUGUCAUGGCAACUCUUUGCUUCUUCAGGUUCUGGCUUGGGUUUGGCAUUGGUGGUGACUACCCACUUUCUGCCACUAUCAUGUCGGAAUAUGCGAACAAGAAGACUCGAGGUGCCUUCAUUGCUGCUGUAUUUGCAAUGCAGGGCUUUGGAAUUCUAGCCGGUGGUAUGUUUGCGCUUAUUAUUUCUUCAGCAUUCAUGGCUAGGUUUGAUGCCCCAGCUUAUGAGGUCAAUGCAGUUGCUUCAACUGUCCCGCAAGCAGACUAUGUCUGGCGUAUUAUUCUAAUGGUUGGAGCACUUCCAGCUGCACUUACCUACUACUGGAGGAUGAAGAUGCCAGAGACCGCUCGUUACACUGCCCUUGUUGCAAAGAAUGCAAAGCAGGCUGCAUCAGAUAUGUCAAAGGUUUUGCAGGUGGAUCUUGAAGCAGAGGAACAGAAGGUUCAGAAAAUGUCUGAGGCUACAACCAAUUCAUUUGGUUUGUUCACUAAAGCGUUUCUUCGUCGACAUGGACUUCACUUGCUUGGAACAACAACCACAUGGUUCUUGCUUGACAUUGCAUUUUACAGCCAAAAUCUGUUCCAAAAGGAUAUUUUCAGUGCAAUUGGGUGGAUUCCUGCUGCAAAGACUAUGAAUGCCAUUCAAGAAGUGUUCAAAAUUGCAAGGGCGCAAACUCUUAUCGCUCUUUUCAGCACUGUUCCAGGCUACUGGUUCACUGUGUUACUCAUUGACAGGAUAGGCAGAUUUGCUAUCCAAUUGAUGGGUUUCUUCUUCAUGACAGUCUUUAUGUUUGCCUUGGCCAUUCCGUAUGACCACUGGACUCAUAAGGACAACAGAAUUGGAUUUGUGAUAAUGUAUUCCCUAACCUUUUUCUUUGCAAACUUUGGACCUAAUGCCACAACAUUCGUUGUCCCAGCUGAGAUUUUCCCAGCCAGAUUGAGGUCUACUUGUCAUGGCAUAUCAGCAGCAUCUGGGAAACUUGGUGCUAUGGUGGGUGCGUUUGGAUUCUUAUAUUUGGCUCAGAACCAGGACAAGACCAAGACAGAUGCAGGGUACCCUGCUGGUAUUGGUGUAAGGAAUUCACUCAUUGUACUGGGUGUGGUUAACUUUUUGGGUAUGUUAUUCACUUUCUUGGUACCAGAAUCUAAAGGAAAAUCUUUGGAAGAGAUGUCUGGAGAGAAUGAGGAUGCUGAUGCCGAAGAAGAUCAGCCUGCUGCUCAUAAUAAUAGGACAGUUCCAGUUUAGGUUGAGUCUCUACCAGAUUUUCUAGUAUGAUGUUGUAAAACUAAAGUGUUUAUGGUGUGGAUCGUAAGACUGUUUCUUGUAAGUCUUUAGUUUAAUUGAAUAACUUCCUCAGCUUUGUAAAUCUUUUGCAGCAUAUCAUUAUCUUCUUUUUUACGAUUUGAA